AUGGAUAGUGAUGAAGAAGAUGCAAAAUCUUCCUCUCAAGUACCUGGUCCUCACGCAGAGGAUGAGUCUGACCCAACCUCUCAACAACUUCCUAGAGGAUGGAAAACAGUCAUGCAUCAUCCUCUAGAUCUAGUCAUUGGAAACAGUCAUGCAUCACAAGUUGUACCGAAGACAAUUGAUCAAGCUAUUGUCUCAAUAGGUGAUGAUUGUAUUGCGAUCAAUGGUGGCUCCUCGUACAUCAAUGCUACUCGUCUUGUUUGUGGACCAGACCAUGGAAUGAGCAUUGGUCUUGGUAAAGAUCACUCUUAUGAGACAGUUGAAGAAGUUCAUGUACAUAAUUGUACUUUUAUUGGAACCACAAAUGGAGCAAGAAUCAAGACAUUUCUUGGUGGAUCAGGUUAUGCUAGAAAGAUUACUUUUGACCAAAUAUAUCUUCAAAAUGUAAGCAACCCAAUAAUUAUAGAUCAACACUAUGGCGAUUCAUACGUGGAAGUGAGUGAAGUAACAUACCAUGGAAUUGAUGGAACUUCAGCUAGUGACAUAGCUAUUAAACUAGAUUGCAGCUCACUCGGUUGUUCCAAUAUUGUAAUGGAUCAAAUUAACAUUGUUUCUUCUCAAAAGGAAAAAAAGGUCAAUGCUUUUUGUCAAAAUCUUCAAGGAACAAUUGAAUCCACUGUUCCAAAGGUCUCAUGCACAUAAAUAUAUUGUUUGAAUCAAUUAUAUGUUAUCCA